AUGGCGUCAAAUAAUUCCGCCGCUGCCGCUACCAGCAACGGGAACGAGACCGAACGCGCCGAGGCGGAACUUUCGCCGCUGUACGUCAGCCUCUCCCACUCCGCCCCCCUGCCGUCGGAGGACUACGUGCGCGUGGUUGCACUGUGCGGCUCGGGCCACGUUGCGAGGGACGCGUCGCCUUUGCUGAAGACGACUAUCUCCACCGAGGGCGACCGAACGAAUGGUGGUUGCGGGCAAACUUCGUCAGAGCCGCUUCGAUGCGAAAUAGAGCGGUUCGACUUUGCGCUGCACCUGCGCGGGGCGCGGCAUUGUCGCCUGCUGGAUACCGUUUUGGAUACAUAUGAUCUAGAGAUGAGCGCUGUCAACCGCGAUGCGGCCGUCGAUGGCGAGGAGAAGGGGGCGGAGCGAGGGAAGAAGACUGCUGCAGCUGAUUUGCCACCUGUGGUGCUUGCGCAGGCGACAUCCAAGGGAUGCAAGGCGCUUUUUCUGUACCUGGAGAUGCUCACGACGCGUGUGCCGACAACAAUCUCAAAGCCGCUGCGCGCACCGCUGGAGGAUCUACUUCAGCCGUGGGAAAUGAACUUCCUGCUGCAGAAUUGCAUGGACGAAGCGACCAGCCGCGCCAUCGCGCAACAAGUUAGCGGCGUUAGCGAGGUCGGGGUCCAGCGUAACAAAGUUGCUGGGGACGCCAGAACAGCCUACUACCCCACGAUUGUAAGUAACGCACCUGAAUCUUUGAAUCUGCUGCUGGAACUUGCAAUGUUGAGUGAUUUUCUUAUUAUUGAGCCCUUGCGGCAAUUAACGUGUGCCUUUCUUGCCUCUCUCGCACUUGGCGCCUCCUCGGAAGCGGAAUUGCUACGGCUUUGUGGGGUGUCUCGCCCCAUGACAGAGGAAGAGCUCGGACCGCUUUAUGCUCAGUUCCCUUUUCUCCGUCCUGACCCCAACUCUGAAUUGUAG